AUGCCCUGGAGCCUGGACCCGGAAUGGAACCUUCUAGGCCCGCACCUUCAUUUGAAGAAAGACCCCCCCCCCCCCCCCCCCAACAAGCAUCGCUUCUCUGUGACAUCCCCAUGUCCCCAUGUUGAACUUUCCAGGUACCCUAAGCUGGGGACCCAGCACCCCGAGUCUAACUCCGCCGGGGAUGACGUGUUUGCCAAGUUCUCGGCGUUUAUAAAGAACACCAAGAAGGGUGCACACGAGAGCCACGAGAAGAGCCUGCUGCGGGCCCUGCGGCGGCUGGACGACUACCUGAACAGCCCUCUGCCCGACGAGGUGGAGGCCGACGGCGCGGAGGAAGUGGCCGUGUCCGGCAGGAAGUUCCUGGACGGGGACGAGCUCACGCUGGCCGACUGCAACCUGCUCCCCAAGCUGCACAUCAUCAAGAUCGUGGCCAAGCGGUACCGCGACUUUGAAUUUCCCUCUGAAAUGACGGGCAUCUCGAGGUACCUGAGAAACGCCUACGCUCGGGACGAGUUCACCAACACGUGCCCGGCCGACCGGGAGAUCGAGCUCGCUUACUCGGACGUGGCCAAGAGGAUGAAGUGAAGCGGGGCCUGGCCCAGCCGGGGUGCGGCUCUGGACAGUGCCCUCUGCGUCUCCCGCCAUAGCCACCCUUCGCCGGAGAGCGCCCCCGUUUUAGUAACGCCCCAGGCUGACCCACUUACCACCAAACGGCACGGGGCUGUCACGUCCCCUCCCGCGUGCGUCUGAGCAGCACCUGCGCCGCCUGCUGUCCCCUCCAACUGUCGUUCCUCUUCGUCGCCGCCUCUGAUGGUCAGCGGCAUCGGGAUGCUUAGGGCACGUGUUUCACAGUUUAAGUUCCAAAGCAAAUCAGGUUUGGGCUCAGUGCCUCCUUUAAUGAGAACGGCGUCUGCCUUUGAUAUUCUCAAGUCGUUAGCCUGCUUUUCUCUCUAAUAGUAUUUUAGCUUUUUUCAGAAUGAAACUGCUGUUUUUGUAAUUACCCAAUGACAGGUGCUGAUUUUAACAUUUUAACACAAUGUCAGAGAGUAGAGAGAUGGAAGAGAAAGGUCACCUGAAAUUUCACUGCCCUGAGAUCACCGCUGAUAACCAACUGGGGGGCGUCUCCAGACCUUCUGUGUCUCUCCCCCGCCCCCCAGCCCCUCGUCCUGGCCCCUCCCCCCAAUUUCAUUCCUGCGUGAUACUGCAGUACGUUAUUUUGAAGGACUGGUGCGGGGGCCUCUUGUGAUGCCUCGAUGAUCACUGUGGAGGACCCAGAACAAACCGACCGUCCAUGCAGGGCUAGGGAGGUGCUUGCCAUCGGGUUUCCAGGGUGGAGAGCGGGGAGUCCACAGACCCACAGGGACCGGCAGGGACCAGGAGCUGUGCUGGCCCCGCUCUGCAGAGGUGAUGCCCUCACCUCAGGGCCCAGGGGAGCCCACCGACCAGGAGUGCCUGCAUCCCAGCCCUGCUCCCCGCCUUCUCUCCCCUCCCCUCACACCUCCCCUCACACGGAGACCUGCCCCCAGGGGGACUCCCAGCCUCAGCCGCAGGGGGAGAACUCCCUGCCCUGGGUUUCAGAUGAAUGGAGCCCUAGAUCCCGUCCCACGGCAGCUCUCUCUAAGCCCCGGCACUGCGCCUGUUCAGUGACGCGUGGGCCAGCCUGGUUCUCACCGCUGCUCUGCCCUUUGUCAUGUCAUCUCGAGGUCAGGACGGGAAAACCCAGAGAGAUGAAGUUCACGGCGACGGCGGCGGUUCUGGUAACCGGUCGGGCUGGGAGGAAGUGGAAACCACUGACGCAGAGCUUUCUGGCAGCGGGGGCUCCCCGCCCGCGUCCCUGCAGCCCUCCGUGUGGGCCGGUGGGGCUCCGCUCAGGCCCCAGGAGGGGGGACAAGACCUCCCAGGGCUUAAGUGUUACCUGCCCGCCUUCCUCUGACAUGGACACUCAUCUCAGAAACCCUCCUGGCGAGCGGAUGGGGGCCUGUGGUUCCCGCUCAGAUGCUCAUUAAAGAAAGAGGCUGCACCAGCGCGAUGGGGGUCGUUUGGAGGAGAGUCAGAUGGGGUCUCCCUGGUCUGGGACCCAGCGAGCAACGUCCAAGGGGAGUCGCAGCGUCUGCACGUGUCACCAGUACACGCUUCACCGCUGCUUAGGAGCCAGAUGUGUAAGGCGACUUUUGCGAUGUCACCUUCAAACUGGGUACAUGCGUGGACUGCCCUCUGUCACUACUGCUAACCUGGCACUUUUAGCUGUUAACCGUGAUCUCAUCAAUGCCACACGCCUUAAAAUUAAACCAAUUACAAAGCUG